CCCUUCCCUCCCAUAUCCUCGCACCCCAUCCCCCAUCCCAUCCCUCUCUCUCUCCCUCUCUCCUCGCUCCAUCGUCCCUUGCAUCGCACCCCAUCGAUCCAGCAGGACAAGCAAUCAUGCCGUCACAGCAAGUAUUCACUUCCAAGGACGAGGCGCUCUACACCACCUCCAACGGUGCGCCCGUCGCGAAACCCUACGGCGCUCAGAAGAUCGGCAGGAACGGCCCUCUCCUCCUCCAAGACUUCCACCACAUCGAUCUCCUCGCUCACUUUGAUCGCGAGCGUAUUCCUGAGCGCGUCGUCCACGCCAAGGGCGCCGGCGCACACGGUUACUUCGAAGUCACUCACGACAUCUCCGACCUCUCCUGCGCCAAGCUCUUCUCCAAGGUCGGCAAUCGCGCCCGCGCCACUGUGCGCUUCUCCACCGUCGGUGGCGAGUCUGGGUCCGCCGACACCGCCCGCGACCCGCGCGGCUUCGCGAUCAAGCUCCGCACCGAGGAGGGCAACCUCGACUGGGUGUUCAACAACACUCCUGUGUUCUUCAUUCGCGAUCCCGCCAAGUUCCCGCACUUCAUUCAUACGCAGAAACGGGAUCCUCAAACGCACUUGAAGGAUGCGGAUAUGUUCUGGGAUUACCUUGGGCAGAACCCUGAGUCGGCCCAUCAGAUUAUGAUUCUGUUCUCCGACCGCGGCACCCCCGACGGCUUCCACAACCAGCACGGUUACUCGGGGCACACUUACAAGUUCGUCCGCGAGGACGGCGAGUGGGUGUACGUCCAGAUCCACUUCAGGGCCGAUGGUGGAUUCAAGACCCUCGAUAACGAUACCGCCGUCAGGCUCGGCGGUGAGAACCCCGACUACGGCACCCAAAGCCUCUUCGAGACGAUCGAGGCAAAGAAAUUCCCGUCAUGGACUGCCUAUGUGCAGACCAUGACCGCGUCACAGGCCGAGCAGUUCCGCUACAACGUACUCGACCUGACCAAGGUCUGGCCGCACGCGCAGUUCCCGCUCCGCCCGUUCGGGAAGCUCGUGCUCGACGAGAACCCGCAGAACUACUUCGCGGAGAUCGAGCAGGCCGCAUUCUCGCCCUCACACACCGUGCCUGGCAUCGAGCCCUCCGCAGACCCCGUGUUGCAGUCGCGCCUAUUCUCGUACCCCGACACGCACAGGCACCGCCUCGGAGUGAACUACCAGCAGCUGCCGGUCAACGCGCCGAUCGUGCCCGUCGCGAACUUCCAGCGCGAUGGGUACGGGACGUUCGUGAGCCAGGGCGCGCGCCCGAACUACCAGAGCUCGAUCGUGCCGCUCGCGUACCGCGGGAAGAAGUACGACGAGCAUGAGGCGAAGCACGAGACUUGGAUCGGCAACGCGCACGUCGAGCUGGUCGAGAUCAACGAGCUCGACUUUGAGCAGCCGCGCGCGCUGUACCAGAAGGUCAUGAACGACACCGAUCGCGAGCACCUCGUGUACAACUUCUCAGUGCACCUCAAGGGCGUCAAGACCCCCGCGAUCCGCGACCGCUGGCUCUCUGUGCUCGCGGCCAUCGACCAGUCGCUCUCGGACAACGUCGCGAAGAAGCUCGGCACGGCGUCUGUUGCGCCGCUCAAGGCGGCUCCCGCGGAGGAGUCGUGGCGCCUCCGCACGAACGUCGGGCUCCAGGUGCAGCACUCGUAAAUCAGUACCUGCUCUUCGAUGGCGGCGUGAGCGGAUUUUGGAGCACCUGUUGUGAAGAUACCUGUGUUGAGAUUAUGAAAAGGAGGGAAGAAACCCAAGGAAACAGUAAGCCAAGGAGAAAAUAAAUGCUUGUAUGUUUUAGCAGCGUCGUGUGUACUUUUUGUGUGCCAUCAAUUCUACGCAAAUGUGUUUUUUUGCAAACG